GAAUAAAAAGUGAUUGGUGCGGGUAUCCAACAGCCAAAACGUAGUACAAUACCCAGGCAUUCAAGCUCUCUAUACCUUCUUCCUCCACUACUUAGCUACCUGCUGACGUUCAAAAACCAACCAGAGUCAAAUCGCGGCCAUGUUGCUUGUGAUAGUACGACGCGUACCACUAGUGCUUUUCCUUUUAACUAACGCGAGUUUUUCCAUGAAAAUGUACUGAAAUUCUUCGACGAUGCGUACCUUCCGCUCGUUUCGCAUGUCGCUAGUGAAUAUUUACACGUCAAACAGUUAAAGAGUCCUAUUGCUCUAGACGAUCGGUGACGUUUAGUAUGCAAAACCGACGUGAAAUUUAUCAAAGCGUACUACUUAUAUGACCCACAUUCGUUCCGAAAAGGUAUUUACGUACCAGAAAAGAAGUAGUACCAAUUUAGAGGUCACGUAGCCGAGAUGGUUUGUUCAAACACUGUGUAAAGCUGCUUAGAUCAUGUCCAGCAAGAAACCGUUUGUGAUCACAAAAACUAGCAGUUCGGGAGAUGUUCCAGGCGGUACUGCCGUUACAGUACCACCACGAUAUCAACCACCACCCAUUCCAGGCAACCAAGGCAUUCUAAAACAUCCAAUUUCGAAAGAUGCUUCAAAACAUUACCCGACCAAGCUCCCAGACCAGAAUUUAAACCCCUCCAAGUACUACCCUGUUCCCCAGCAUCCGAAACAGUACUAUCCCGGACAGUAUCCACCGCAAACAAUACCUACGCGGCCAGACGAUCAUACCAGGAUUACUCAAGUGCAAGUGCAUCAGACUGAUACAAGACAAAGACCUCUGGAUGAGCCGGGAGUGCCGCAAGUGAAUCCUAGUGAGUUGAGAACUGUUCCUGUGGGGUUACCGCAGGGUUUGCCUCAAAACACGCAGGAUUUGCGGCUACAUCGGGGUGUUGUGCGGUACGAGGAAGAGUUUUUGAGGCCGGAAAUGUUGAAGUUUGUCAGGAAGUCGGAGGAUCCGAGGAUCAUGCCUCCCGUACAAGACCAAACAAGACAUAUGCAAAGUCUUCUAUUAGAUCUCAGAGCUUUAAAAGAACAGAAUCAGCAUCUAGCAGACGACAACCAAGAGUUGCGAGAUUUAUGUUGUUUCCUCGACGACGACAGGCAAAAAGGACGAAAGCUUGCCAGAGAAUGGCAACGUUUCGGAAGGUACACUGCCAGUGUCAUGCGGCAAGAGGUGAGCGCCUAUCAAACGAAACUCCGCGAACUGGACAACAAGCAACAAGAACUAAUAAAAGACAAUUUGGAACUAAAGGAACUUUGCUUGUACUUGGACGAAGAACGCGGCAAUGCAAUUUGUCCGUCUUGUGGUACGAGUACCACCACAACGAAUCUGAGGGACGACGGAGAUGGAUCUAGUAGUAGUACCAAUGCUGACGAACCAGCUGUACCUCAACAAUUCAAUCCUAAUGGGCCUAGGAGGUCGGCUAGCAGGGAAAGAUUGCUCCACGAAAAUUUGGCCAGGCAAAGAAGUACCUUCAACGAUCAAAUAAUGCAAUACGUAAGAAGCUUGGAACAGAGGGUCAAGCAAUUGGAGGAGGAUAAGCGGUCUUUGACACAUAAAAUUAAUCAAGUAGCUGCUAGUACCGGAGAUCCAAGUAUAGCAGUACCUCCGGAUGCUCCGGUUGGAGGUCUGAGUGGACGACCAGAAGCAGUUGUUAGAGCUCUUCAGGUUCUUGAAGUACGGGAACAAUUGGAAAGAGAAACUAGGUCGCCAGAAAGAGGUGAAAGUGGACAAGAAGCACCCAACCAGCAAGAUCUUGACGAUGGACAAAAAGCCCUCCUAUGGGAAAUGUGUAAUGUGGUUUGGAGAAAAUUAGAAGAGGGACCACCUACACCUAGGAGAUAGUGCAUAUAGUUUUCUUGCCAAUUCUGUUAAAAUGUUAUAUAUUAUUUUAAAUUUUUAAGCCUGAGCAAUUAGGAAAUAUGGCGGAGAAACGUUUAUUUCACUUUAAAUAAUUGCAGAUACAGUAAAGUCUACAAUAAACCUGACUCUUAUUUAUGUACAUAUGUCUUAUAGAGUAUUAAUAACUACUAUUCUGGCCAGUAUAACUAAAAUCUACUAUGUCACAAUCAUCUUUUAUGUUUAAUAA